UCAUCAGCUGUCAAAAUUAAAGCUCAAAAAUAAAUUAAGUGAGCGCUGAGGAUUUAUUUGUUUAUUUCAUGAUUUAUUAAAGUGCUUUAUUAUAAUUUAGGUAUCUUUUCUGAGUGAGUUGGCAUUCGUAGCUAUCAUAAAGUAUUCAGCUGUAAGUUUUAACCAUUAUGAUGAAUCGACUGCCGAGUUCCUGUGAUACAUUUGUAGUGCUGCCUCCGUUGACCAAGAAUGGAACGGUUAUAUUCGGUAAAAAUGCCGAUAGACCACAAAACGAAGUGCAGGAAGUGGUGUAUAUCAAAGGAGGAGUCGGUGAUUCCACGGUGAAGUGCACUUACAUAACAAUCAAUGAGAGUCCCACGUCACUAAACUCUGUUAUACUGAGCAAGCCCGCAUGGAUGUGGGGGGCCGAGAUGGGGGCCAACGACAAGGGAGUUGUGAUUGGCAAUGAGGCGGUCUGGACUAACAACAAUGAGGGAGAUGGUGAUGCUCGGCAACGCAGGCUGUUGGGCAUGGAUCUGUUAAGGCUUGGCCUAGAAAGAGGGAACACAGCAGAAGAAGCCCUAUAUGUCAUCACAACUCUUCUAGAAAAGUACGGACAAGGAGGUUCAUGCUCAGAACUAGACGACAGCCUCUUCUACCAUAACUCCUUUCUCAUCGCUGACCCCACGUGUGCCUGGGUUCUGGAGACCAGCGGCAAGAUCUGGGCUGCGGAGAAAAUAGAGUCAGGAUACAGGAAUAUAUCCAACGGACUAACUAUUACGACUAAAAUAGACAAAUGUACGGAAGGUUUGGAGGACAUAGCUAAGGGAAUGGGCGUUUGGGAUGGAUGUGGCGAGUUCAACUUCACCAAGUGCUUCUCGUCGGGCGGCGACGACGAGCGGCAGCGGUGCGGCGAGCGCCUGCUCCGCGAGCUGAGCUCCGGGAGGGACUUCCACGUGACGCACAUGCUGCGCGUGCUGCGCGACCAGGGCAGCCGCAUCUGCCGCGGCGUCGACGACUGCUUCCCCACGCAGGGCAGCCAGGUGUCGUGCUUGUCCAAGUCUAGCCUCAGCGUGCACUGGUUCACGGCGACGCCGGACCCGAGCGUGUCGUACUUCAAGCCGUUUGUAUUCACACCGCGCGCUCAGGUCUCGCCGCAUACUAAGAGUCCUGAGGAUGAGAAAAAACGCGAACACCACCUAUACAAGCUACACGCGAAACACGUUCUGAAAUCCAACAACGGGCAAAUUACUGCGGUGUUACGUGAAAUAGAAGAUGGCUGCCUGGCUGAAGUCGAGGAGUUUGUGAAGAGCUACGACCAAGGCGCUGUUGAGCUGAGCAAGCUGGAUACCCUGAUGAAAGGAUGUGUGGAAACCGAGGUUAAGUUGUAUGGUUAGGUUGGUACAUAACUGAUGCCGUACCAACGUUGAAAACCUUUAACCCUUAUUACACCUACCGAGUAGAAUGGCCAAGAUAGUAACCUCGGACGAGCACUCGGUCACUCGGUCUAUCUGCCGAGGGUACUUUGCCAUUCUACUCGAUAGGUGUAACAAGGGUAUUAGCGAUUUGCAGUUCUCAAACAGCGCUUAAUAUCUGUAAAACUCUGUCAGAUUCAAGGAACAUAAGAUUUCUCUAACAAGGAGGUGCAUCUAUGCAAUUUAUGUCAGAGUUGACAAAUAGGCAGCGCCAGAGCUAAUGCGAGGUGGACUGUAAAGUUACAAACCUAGACACGUGUGAAACAAGACGCCAUGAAUUUUGAAGCGAAAAAAAGUUCCAUAAUAAAUGAAUAAAUAAAAUGACAAUGCUCACUAUAAUUUAAUACUUUGUUCAAGUCUAAGUUGUGAUGAAAGUAUCGGCAUUGUUAUCAAGAGAACGAUCUCUUAGUCUCUUGCCACAUAAAUAGAGUGAAUUAAUAUUACUAUAGUUAAAUAGCUAUAUGAAAGACGCCUUACUCUACCGCUCAAUAGUACCUAUCUAUUACUACGUUUAUGUGAAUGUUGAUGUAAAGCCUUCGCGUAGUGUUUAUUGAAUGAUUAUAAUGUUUUAUUAGUGUACGCACCAUCGCUAGGAUAAAGUUGUUUACUAUAUCGGGUGCAUUGACCUGCCGACGAUGGGAAAUCACCGAUAAAUUUUCACCCCGAAUAGAAUUUAUAGAUAAUUUAUACCAAAAAUACUUAUCACAAAUGUAGCUAGCUAGCAUCUUAUAGACGUCUAACAGUUUAUAUAAGUAAAAUAAAACCCUGGCAAUAUUAUCAGUCACCAACCGUAUCACGGUAUUACUCGACCCUCCUCAUCCAGACACUACCUGCAUACCUAGCACGGGAUGCAAGACGCUCCAACAAGACAUGACAAAAGUUUUUACAAAAAGCUAGGCCUUGAGAGCGAGCGCGAAGGAUAACAUUUUUCAUGUUUCAUUACAUGCUUGUCUUGCGACCCGUGCUAGGUAGAUUUAGUGCUUUAUCAGGCAGGCCAGAGGGCGUCCCACGCAAAAUCAACUACGGUCAUUAGGUGUUACUGAAAAAUUUAUCAUUCUU